GAGGCCACUGCUGCCGCGCGGCGGGCGCUCACUGCGCGGCUGCGACGCCAACCGGGUCCGGAAGCGCUGAAGGAGUUGCGCGAGUUGCGGAGGGUGUCGGUGCGCACGAACGUCUUCCACUUCAACGCCGUGCUCGCAGCGGGGCUGCCCUGGGGCACGGCUCUGGCGCUGAUGAUGGAGAUGCUUCUGGAGCAGGUGCCUCCAGAUGUCAUCACUGUCAACAGCGUCAUCAGCUGUGGUGCUCACUGGACAGUCGCGUUGGACAUGCUGUCCACCAUGUCUGUCAAAAUGGGCAUCCAAGCGGAUGUGGUGACCUAUGGCUCGGUCAUUAGCAGCUGCGAACGAGGUGAAGCCUGGCGGAUGGCCCUGCAAACUUUGGCUUUGAUGCAGGGCGAGGGGGUAAAGCCGAAUGUGAUCAGCUACAACAGCACCAUCAAUGCUGUGGCAGAUGCGUCUCAAUGGCUAAAAGCUUUGGAACUUUUUGAGGAGAUGGGCAGCACCUGCCGCCGCGACGUGAUCAGCUUCAGCGCAUUGAUGGCUGCUGAGGGCGGCUGGUGCUUGGCCGUGCAGCUGCUCGAGCAAAUGGCGAGCAACUCCAUGCAGAUGAAUUCGGUGGUCUUCAACCGGGGUAUCAGCGCCUGCGGCCGCUGGGGUCGCUGGGAGACAGCAUUGGAGCUACUGAGCUGGGCGCAGGAGCAGAGAUGUGCUGAUCUGGUGGGCUACAGCAGCGCUAUUGCCGCCUGUGCCAUAGGCCGAUCCUGGACUUCUGCCCUGGCAUUGCUGGAAGCCAUGACUUUGGCGGACUUGCAGCCCAACGAGAUCACACUCAACGCGGUGAUCAGUGCAUUGGAACCCUUUGGUCUGUGGACUUUGGCCCUCCAGAUCUUAACCAACAUGCCGAAACAGACAGUGGCAAGUUUCGGCAGCGCCAUCAGUGCUUGUGACAAGGCUGGUGAGUGGGAAGUGGCCCUGCAGCUGCUGAUGAAGAUGCUGCAGGUCAGGGUCGAAGCCAACGUGAUCACCUUCAAUAGCAGCAUCAGCGCGUGCGCGCAAGGCAGCCAGUGGAGAGUGUCUCUGGCCAUCUUGUCCCUCAUGUGUGCCGUUGGUGUUUUGCCCGAUACUGUGAGUGUGAACAGUGCAAUCAGUGCCUGUGCUCAAUCGGGGUCCUUGCAAAUCGCAGUAAAGCUUCUAACGUGCAUGUCACAGUUUAUAACGUCUCCCAACACCAUCACCUUGAACAGCGCCAUGAAUGUUUGCGAGAAGGGCAUCUUCUGGCAAGCGUCGCUGCAAUUCCUGGCCGAAUUCAGGCAGAGGCGCCUGGAAAGCACCAUUAUCUCCACACAUACUGCAGCAAGUACCUGUAUCAAGGCCCGUCGCUGGCAGCAUGCCCUUGAGAGUUUUGACUUUAUCGAUGUGACUCUCCAGAGUCUUGCGGUGAUAGCGUGGGAAGUGAGUGACAAGACUUUGCCACUUUGCAGUGCAUUGGAAGAUAUGCAGGUGCAAAUGUUCCAAGACCUACGGUGCAAGCGAAGCUGCUGAAGAAAUGGCAAACGUGGGUAAACUCAUAUAUUCUUUUUGCACCAUGAUUUUGGACAGACCAGACAAAAGUCAGAGUUUCAAGGUGCUUCAAUGCUGGCACCCUUCAGGAUUGUCAAGAUGAAAUCUGUGGUUCCAGGAAAUAGGAUGGUUGGGUUUCGAACAUUUGGAUCCAAACACCUGCUGUGGGAUUCAGGGUGUCACACGCGG